UUUGACCCCACCUAAUCCAUCUAUUUUCCUUUUUCACUUUUUGACCUUCAAUAAUUCUCUCCCCUUAUACCCUCUAAACCACUACUACAUAUACUGGUCGAAAAGAACACAUUUUCUGGUUCACAUUCUCCCUUUUCCUAUUGAAAAAGUUGAUUAUUUUGUUCUUGUAUUCCUCUUCUGUUUGAAGAAACUGGUUGUUGAUCCAAAAGGGUAGGUGGGUUUUGUGGGAAUUUGUUGUUGGAUGCUAUAUCAUUGAUUAGUCCUUGGACUUUUAGGAGAGGAAAAAAAAAAUGGCUUGUUCAUUGAAAAGUGGUGCUUCUUCAUCUGUUGUUGGUUCUUCAAUUGGGGCUUUGCAAGUUACAGCUUUAACACCCAAAGAAUUUAUGGGCAAAUCUUUGGAUGUAUCAAAUCAGAUUGGGUUUAGCCAUUUGAAUGUUAAACCUCCAAGACCCAUCUCAAUUAAUGCACAAGCAUCAAUAUGUGUAAGCAAAGCUCUAAGAUGGUGGGACAAAACCCUUAAACCCAACAUGGUGGAAAUUCAUUCAGCAAAAGAAUUAGCUGAUUCAUUGUUGAAUGCUGGUGAUAGAUUGGUUAUAAUUGACUUUUAUUCACCUGGUUGUGGUGGUUGCAGGACUUUACAUCCUAAGAUAUGUCAACUGGCUGAUGCAAACCCUGAUGCAAUUUUUUUCAAAGUAAACUAUGAAGAACUGAAAACCAUGUGUCAUGCGCUUCGUAUACAUGUGUUGCCUUUCUUCAGAUUCUACAGAGGUGCAGAAGGCAAACUUUGUAGCUUUAGCUGUACUAAUGCAACUAUCAAGAAAUUCAAAGAUGCACUAGGAAGAUAUGGGACUGAUAGAUGUAGUCUUGGUCCAGCAAAAGGGCUAGAUGAAUCUGAGCUAUUAGCUUUAGCAUCCGUAGGUCAAUUAUCAAGAAAUGAAUUAGCAAUUGAUUAUCCAGUUAAGAAAGGAUUUGGAGAAUUUGUGCUAUCAGGGUUGGAUUUAUCUGAUAGUAAUAAUAAUUUGGGGCUAAAAGAAAGGAGUAAAUUGUUGAUGGCCUAAAGUUGGAGAUCUGAUUUGAAGAUUGUAGCAUUUUUUGGGUGGUACAUUUGUUCUGAGAUUUAUAAUUUGUAAAUAUUUAUUGUUAAUGAGAUUUUCCAUAAAGCAGGGCUGGGUGGUUUUUUUGGAUAAGCCCGGUAAAAUUUGGUCAAUCUGUUCAUUUGAUUAAAAAUAAUGAUUAUGUUAUGCA